AUGUCUGACCAACAUCUUUCCACACCCAUCGGCCCACGAGGCACUCUCCGGGCACGAGCACCCCCUCUGCGCAUCAAGUCGCCCUCGCCUUCUCGGCAACAACGCUUAUCCGAUGAUUUACUUUCGCAACUUGCGCCGGCGACGGCUUUUGAGGCACUCCAGUCUCCUUCAGGUCCCCUCAAAGCAUGCUUGGAUCGAGCAUCCAUCUCUGAGCAGUCAUUCGCAUUGAAAACUGCAAUUGCCUCUAAGACAAUUAAUAGCUGGCUCCAUGAGCUAUCCGAUUGGCCAUGGCCCUCGGCCGACACAUCAGCCGGCUUUGAGAUGCCUCUAUGGAAAAAAAGGAAGAUGUCUCGAGUGGAGACAUCUGAAGACAGCGCUGAUGCCGCUUCGUCCUCAGACGUGACUUACUUUGGCAGCCUUCUCGUUGAUGAUGUCGUUCACUACGAGGAACGAAUCGAACAAAUCCAGCAAGAUAUGGAGGGCUUGGACUUGGAAGAGAUUAAGAAUCAAGUCUUGCAUAAUCACAUUCUUCCACUGUCUCGACCAGGAACACCAUUUUCUGAUGCUGGUCGUUCUGUUGUUUCUGCCUUCUCCUUUUCCAAAAUGGAAGAUUUGACGGCCGUUGUCACUGCAAUUACAGUCCAAACCCUACCGGCUUUGUCCAAGUUGUCAAGGUUACUUCAUACCUGGAGUCUUCGACUAAUUGUUUUGCGGAAAGUUCCCUCAUUCCUUGUAAUGAUCACAGAUGCUGAAGUGGCUUUGCUAUCCGGAUGGAGUGCCAUUGAAUCUCUACCCAGCAGUUCCCCUGACUCUGAUACGAGGCCUGAAGGGCACGAUAUCUCAACGACAUAUCUCACACGGAAAGACUUUGACGUUAUGAAGAAUGUUUUGCAACAAAAAGUAACGAGACCGGGCCGCGACCUAGAUUUCAUGCUAGAUACCCUUGAAGGAAUGGUGGAUACACUACCAGGAGAAUGGCUAGAUCGCAUGGAAUCCCUUGAACGAGACUACGCGGUAUGGGUCACUACAGCAGAGGGGAAAAACACCACACAUCAGUCUAGUGUGGACUCUGUGGUAAAGACAGAUUAUCCGACACCGGGAUACCCCAUCAAUUCGGAGGCAGUAGUGUCAAGGAAAUCGAAGAAUCCAAAAUCGUCUAAUGAUCCGUCCAGCAUAUUGCUUACCAAGCCAACUCACCAGCGACUAAAUUCAACCUUUGAUGGCUCGGAAGAUGUCAAAGACGCCAUCCAAGACCCUUCUCAAACUCUCAUCUUGUCAGAAGUAAAUCAGAAUAUAGUCCGUCAAUCUGCUAAUCGCUUAUCAAAAGCCGAAGUGUCAUUGAAACCAGCUUUUGAAGACGAUUUCGAACCCUCGAUCCUGGAAUCGGUAAAUGAGGAAGAUGAGGAACCUGAGCUGCCCCCCACAUAUACUCAGGUACGGAAAUGCAGCAGCCAGUCUGAUGCUUCGACUAUGCUUCAUGGUUCGUCGAGUUACUCCCCGGGUUCUUAUGAUCAUGGGGUUUUCCGUGAAACGUCCAUCGAGCCGGAGCUGCCUCAUCUGCCGGACCCUGACGAACCAUUUUCAAGUGAUGCAAUAAGCCCACCUAGCUCACCACCGUUAAGGUACAAGCCAAGAUCGACCUCAGUUACUUUCAAAGAUAUCCCUGAAAUAGCCCCAUUGCCUGAAGUAGAUGUCUCACCACCUCGCACCCCGCUUGGACCUCCAGAAGUUUUUGAUCCAGAUGCAUCUUUUGAAUGGGAGAGCCAACUCGGUAGCCCAAGUCGCAUGAGCACGAUCAGUGCAACCAGUGACGAUGAUCAUUUGCAGAAACAACUCAGGGAACUACUUGAGACAAUACCUGCAAAGAUUGAGUUAAAGAGGCGUGGCAUCAAUCUGAAUCCUCCUGAUCUUCAGUUGCCUUCGCGGCCGAAACCCCGCCACUCUGAUUCAUCACGUCGCCCAACAUCAGCCCUAUCCUCGCGAGCGGACUCUCGAGUGGGCACUCCAUCGUACUCCCGAAGUGGAACACCCUCUUUCAUGCUAGCUCCUGUCCGAGACGCCCGUCCAAGAUCUACGAGUAGUCAAGGGAUACGUCUCUACCAUCUCUCUCGAUCGGGUGAGAUGCCUAUCAAACUGUUCAUUCGUUGUGUCGGUGAGCAAAAUGAGCGAGUCAUGGUACGUGUAGGCGGCGGGUGGUCUGAUCUCGGCGAGUAUCUACGGGAUUAUGCCAUCCACCACGGUUCCCGAUCGAAAGGGGAGGGAAAAGUUGAGGUUACCGAUGCUGUUCCCGUAACAAGCAAGCGCGUAGGGUCAAGCCCUAGUAGCCGUCCUAGUUCAGCACUCGACUCUCCAAUGACACCUCUCACCGUUCGGAAGACUAGAAAGAAUCCUAGCGAGGAAGGUGCGCCGAAGGCUCCCAGAACCCCAUUAGCGGAAGCUACUGCUUUGCGGGAAAAUGCAAACACGCCUGCAUCUGAGGCAUCUGUGCGGUCACGGGCCUCUUCAAACAUCGACUGGGACGAAGAGGACAGCUCUCUAGGGUUAGCCGGCCCCAAAGCAGCCAAGCGUAGGGAAAUUAGUGACGAGAGUCGUGCUUGGAUUGAGAGUGUAAAACAUAAGGUCCGCUUAGCUAGUGGCGAGCGACUUGCUGCCUCGGCUUCUUCUGAGCAUCUGAGGUCCUUACAGCCAUCACAAAUGCGAGGUCAGCAGAAAAAGAUACCUGACGACAGGUUUGGCGAGUUGGGAAAAGUGGGUAGUACUAAACGGUUGUUCAGAAAAAACUAG